AUGGGCGCCAUCUGUUGUAAAGAUGGCACGUAUGAAAAUGAAAGACUAACCCGUCCUAAUGAAAUGGCAACAAGCCCAACGCUUAAUUCUAGCAAUUACAUUGCCAAUCAUGAGUUAGCCCCGAGAAACAGAGAGACGCUUAAUUCUAGCGACUACGUUACCAAUCAUGAGUUAAAAAUUCAAAUGCCAAUAAAUAAAGAAACGCUUAAUUCUAGCAAUUACGUUACCAAUCAUGAGGUAAAAACCUUAACUCCAAAAGAUAGAGAAACGCUGACCAGAGAAAAUUACGUGAUACACUCAAUGAGUGGUUUUAAUACUCCACAACAAGUAUUAGCUGAGAGAAAGAAAACUCAAUUGGUCGUUGGAAUAGGUGGAUUCGCAUUUUGUCCUCGACCCCUAAAUAAUGGACUAAUAAAUAUUGAUAAUAUUGAGACUAAUACUGAAUGGCCUGGAGGUUGGGGAAAAUUCAAGACUAAUACUGCGUUGGAAUAUGACAGUAAUUGGAAUGUUAUAAAUUGGGGAUAUCCAGCUUUAUCACAAAAACCAAAUUUGAAAGCAAAAGGUGGCAGUCAAAUAUCAGACAAUAAACCAGUGGAAUUGUUCAAAUUACAUUUAGGUGAUAUCCCAGCUGAUGAGAAGCCUCUGUUACCAAUCGGAUUAAAUUAUCAGAAAGCAAUCACGGAUUAUCUGCGCGAAAUAGGAAAAACGAUCAAAGUAAGAUUGGAACGAAACUGGCCGAAUCUCGAUUUCCAUAACGAUAUUGGAAUAGUAGUGACUAUACCCGCAGAAUUUAUUGAAAACACAAAAGCUAUUAUGCGAAAAUGUGCAUUUGAUGCGGGAUUAAUAAAUAAAAAAGAUACAGAAAAUUUGACAUUCACAACAGAACCGGAAGCAGCAGCACUAUAUUGUUUACAUUAUGCUAAUAAUUAUCAAUUAAGAAAUCAUGAGCCAUAUAUGAUUGUUGACUGUGGAGGCGGUACAAUAGAUUUGACAACGCGAAUAUUGUUGCCAGGAAAUCAAAUUAGCGAAGUUACUAUGCGUACAGGGGCUUAUUGUGGGAGUGCAUAUGUUGAUAGGCAAAUUGGAAUGCAAGCAGUUUUAAACCUAAAAGAACAUCAUUAUAAUCAACUUCAAUAUCUGGUUCAAGAUUUCUUUGUACGACAGGUAAAAAUAUUAUUUACGGGUAACCGAAAUGAUUAUAGAACGAAAACAUUGGACAUCGAAGAGUACUGUCCAGCAGCGUUACAAUACGUCGAUUCUCAAAUGCGAACAAAACUGGUAGAAGAGCAAUGGCAAAUUGUUCUCGACUUUGACACAGUAGAAUCAAUGUUCGAGCCAGUUAUUGAUUCGAUUAUCAGUUUAAUUCAGAAACAGAUUGACGCGUCAACAGCUACAUGUAAAUGUCAGGCGAUUUUCUUAUGUGGAGGGUUUGGAGAAUCACCAUAUUUGCUAAAGCGUGUAAAGGAGAAAUUUGAAACAUCAUCGACUAUGGUUUGUGCACCGCAUCAAGCUGUUACUGCUAUUGUUCGUGGCGCUGUUUUAUUUAUGAUAAUUGAUAUAAUAGGCAUUAACGAAAGUUCUGUAAAAACACGAGUACUAAAAUGGACAUACGGCAUAGAAUGCUACAGACAAUGGGACCCAACAAAGGACCCUACAGAGCGUAAAGGAGCAAAUGGUUCUAUUAAAGUAUUCGACAAAUUAGCAACGUGUGGCGAAGAAGCGGAUGUUAAUAAAGAAUACAAAAAACAAUAUUUUACAUCUCGUCCUGAUCAAACGAUUGUCUAUUUUCCUGUAUAUACUUCAAGCAGCGAAAAUGAAUUAUAUUGUGAUGAGUUGAAGCGUUUAGGACAAUUAGAAAUUGAAAUUCCAAAAGAUUCUCGUGGUAAAAAGCUAGAUAUAGAAUUUUCUUUAUUCUUUGGGCAGAUGGACAUUAUAGCAACGGCACGAGUUUUGCAAACAAAUCAAUGGUGUCAUACAAUGCUAAAAUUUGACCAGGAUUAA